AGACAUCAGUUACACGAGGGACUGUGCGUAGUAGUCAGUGUGUCGGCAGUUGCAUGGAUCUAUGACUGUGGCUGUUGGAGGAACUCACUGAUGCAGCUUCGCCAGGAGCGGUCCAAUUACAUAGUUACCUCUGGGCAUCCAGUGUGCUAAGCAACUGGACAGAAGAUAGAGAAGAUAGCCAGGGGAAGAAAGUGAGUGAGAAAAGGGAUGUAUCACUGCUAUAUCACCUUUUAGAGAGCUUUCCUGCUUUCUAUAUGAGGAUGACUGCGUGAAGGUUAUUAUGAGUCACUGCUGAUCAAGCUUAGAUGGUGUAGAAGGCAAUGCGAUUAUGCUGAUUUGCCAUCAUGUUGCAGAUGGACAGAUUUCUCCGUCACUCACUUUCCAUGUGGCUGCUUCUGCAGAGUUUUGUCCUCAUGGCCUUCUGUUUCCACUCGGCCACAACCUGUCCAAAAGGCUGCUAUUGCACAGAUACAAAUGGAUAUAAAAUUGUAAGAUGUAGCAAUGCCCAUCUGGGAGAAAUACCUAAAGACAUUCCUAAUAAUACCAAUAAACUCUAUCUUGACUCCAACCAAAUCACAGUUAUCCAUAAUGAUGCUUUUAGGGACCUGCAUUUUCUUUCUGAGUUAGAUUUGUCCCACAAUUCCAUUGGAAGUGUUGAAAUAGGGGCUUUUCAUGGUGCAAUGGAGAGUUUGCACUCAUUAGAUCUCUCAUCAAACCAACUGCAUUCUGUAAACAAGGAUACCUUCAGCACUUUGAAGGCCAAAAUAAAUCUGUCUGAAAACCCUUGGCAUUGUGAUUGUAACUUACAGGAGCUCAUGAGUACUGUUACUCUAGACACUGGAUCAUCAAGUGAUAUAAUAUGUAAGACUGCUGCUGAAGAAGAGCAUUCUGGGAAACUAUUUCUGCAGGUGGUAAAAGAUGGAGGGUUCUGCAAUUUUAACAAGAGGACUACUGAUGUAGCCAUGCUUGUCACCAUGUUUGGCUGGUUUACCAUGGUGAUUUCAUACUUGAUCUAUUAUGUACGGCAGAACCAGGAGGAUGCCCGACGACACUUAGAGUACUUGAAAUCUUUGCCAAGCAAGCAGGGAAAAUCAGAGGAGUCCUCUUCAAUCAGCACAGUAGUGUAAUGUUUCUAACUACAAAAAAAAAAAAAAACACACACUCACUUGACAGCCUGCUCUUAAAAGCAUGUUUUGUAGAUUGCAUAGUGACACUUCUGCAUCUCUAAUGGUUUCUUCUGUAUGUUCAAAAUCAUGAGCCAUGCUGCACAUUUUUUCAGCAGUGUUAGGUUUUCCUUCAGAGCAAAAUCCGUUAUGUAUUUAUCUCCCUCAGUUUUUCUGUUUAUAUUCACUAAAAACAAGAAGUAAGCAUCAGGGCAUAAUUGGGUGUGUUCUACAUGGUUCUUUUGCAGUAUUUUAACAGGUCUCAUGAGGUACAUGGCUGAAUUCCAAGUGUAUCAGCUGUCUAACACGCAUCACUGGAGUUAUGUGUUCUUUUUGUGAUAAGAGCAAAUAUUUUAUGAAAAAAGCCAUUUGUAUGUAUCAAUCUAAAUGUGUGACUAGCAGCUUAGUCAAAUUGCUGAAAAAUUGCCACCAGUUUAUACAAAUAAUGAUGCAUUAUGUCCAGGUAGCAUGUAUGGCAGUGUGCACAUGACAUCAAUGACUGAGGCACAACCCUGCAUAAUAGCUAAAAUGUCUGCUACAAUGAAGCAUUUGGGAAGUAGAGACAUACUUUUUAACAUUUUGUUCUAUGCAUGCAUUUUUUUCCUAGACUAUCCCAGACUGAAGCGUUCUACUUACUUAGUUAUGAAAGAGAAAGUAGCUCUGCUCCCUUCUUCACAAUGUCUUUUAUGCCACAUUGUUAUGAUAAACUGUCCUGUUACUUAUAUUUUGCUAUCUUCUAUGCCUGUUUUGUCAGUGCUCUUUCAUGCCCUUCCCUCAUGAUUAUAUUAUUGUGAUAUAAUAAAAUGAAAAAAGGCUUCCACCAGAAUGAAAAGUUCACUGAGAAAUUCUGUUAAAAUGCAGGCUUUAAUAAAACGAAGAAAUAAAAAGCACGAAUUGUGCUGUUCAAGUUGCAGGUUGUGAUAUAGACACUUUUCCUUGUCAAACACUAAAACUCACUAGUUUAGGUCUUGUGUGUGUGUGUGUGUGUGUGUGUGUGUGUAUAUACUGUGCUUAAUAUCAGUGUUAUGCACUGGUGUACCAUUAAACCUUGUCCCCAUGCACCAGUGUACCAUUAAGCCUUGUCCCCUCAGAGAGUAUCACAUAACAUAUCGUAACAUUAAGGAUUCAUUUUGUUUCUAAUGGAAAAAAUAGCCAUGGGGAUGAGAAUAAUUUUAUUGUAGAUGCAAAAUACAUACUGAGCGUAUAAGUUUGCAUUUGCCACUUGUCACCAAAUAUUACACAACAUAUGUGAGAGUCAGUGCCUAAUAACUAGAAAACCAUAAUGCAUUAAAAAGGUACGGAAUGUCUUAAGCUAAUAAUAUACUGUUUAUUGUAAGAGACCAUCAUUUAUCUAUAACAGAAAAUUACCUUAAUAAAAAAUAUUAAUAAAUGCAUAACUUGACUUAGAUGAACAGAACCUCAUUAAAAAAACUUUAAAAGCAAUUCAUCAUGUAUAAUCUUGUAAAUACUACCUAAAAAUAAAUUGUCUGAAUGUAUUAUGGAGACUUGGAUGGCAUUAAGGAAUAACAUGAUUGAAAUGGCUUUUAUAUAUGCUACCAGACUGUCUGAUAUCAAAGAAAAAAGUGCCAGUUCUGACUAACAGUGUAUAACAACAAACCUCUCUCCGUAGAUGUGCACACCUAUCACUAACAUGGGUGUUAUUUGCACACAUAAAAGUAUAAUUAUAGGCCAUAAAAUAAAUGAUGUCACAUAAAAACAGUAGACUAAGGGCAUUUAAAUGUUUUUCCUGCUAGCACUGUCCUUUUUCUCAUAUGGAUCUAGUCUGCUUAUUAACUGUUUGCAUAACUUAAGUUUCUGGGAGAGGACCAUUGUUACCAUUGUGUAACAUUCUGCCAUUUCAGAUAAGACAACACUGAAUUUAACUCCAUGGCCAAAAUUAUUUGGUUAGUAUUGCUUGACAAAAUUCCACACCUUUUAAUUGAAAUGAACAGAAAGAACAUACAUAACACCAAACUGGGGAGGAAUAAAUUGUGCAUUUUGUUUCUAAGACGGAGAGAAAGUGUAUGAAACACAUGAUUUAAGAAAGGCUAAUAAACCAGCUGUUUUGUAUUCUGCAGAUUGAGCACUGAGUUUCUGAAGCAUGUGAAACUGUAGAGUUAAAUCAUACAUGUGGCAUUACAAUGUGAAGUAGGCCUCUUUACCUUCUCAUACAUCCACUUUCUCUACUGUACGUCUGGGCUGUGGCAUCCUUUUUAGCACAACAUUAUCUUCUUCAAGUUAGAUGAAAUGAAUAAUGCAGUUCAAAUAUCACAGAACUGUUUGUGUAGAUAAAUGCCUCACUUUUUCUAGAUUUUAGUGUAAAACUAGUAGUCCAUUUUAACAGUGCGCUAUAGCAUGAAGGUAUAUGCUGUAAACUAGGCACAUUUAUAACACACCUGCAGGUUCAUGAAAUUAAAUUGGUGGCUCCUGGCACAGAUACAGGGUAUCCUAAGGGCAUCUUAUAGUGCUGACAGCAAACUGGCAUGGGAAUGAAUCUGGAUAUGUAGUGGUACCAUACACAAAGGGAUGAAACGUGAAGUUGUUUAUGACUUACUCUACAUUUUGUUAAGGAGCAUUUGAGAGGAUCUGUAAUACCCCCUUCCUCGUACCCUAGAGGCUUAGGUUUAUUGGCAAUACAAAACUUCAUGAAUGCAAAUCCCUACUUACAGAGGUGAAGUAGGUGCAGGGAUUGAGUAUGACAGCAUGUAGGGGAGGCCUUAAGGAAGAAAGGGUCCUCCUUGCUGCAGGAGCCAUGAGGACAUUGCCACAGCCAGGGACAGGUCUAUUCAACUAAGCUAAAAUUGUCCUGAACUGCAUAUCAAUCUGAUAAAUGUGCAAUCAACAUGAGAUGGUUCAUUGCAAAGAUAGCAUCAACUUUCUUCCCUUCACAGCUGCUUUAUAGACAAAACUUAAUUUGAAAUUACCUUUCUCUGCAUAAGUUAGUUAUGGACAAGACAGAAAGGUAAAUGUGUUGUAAAUCUAAAAUCAGUCAUGAGGGAUUGCCCCUUUUCAAUCUGUGUCAUUGCUCCUGAGACCAAAAUCAGUUUUGAUAUUCUUUGAUUAAAUUAAGUAACAAUGUACAACAAAAUAUGUAGGAACUCAUGCGUGAUGAAAAGGUUUAUAUUUGAUUUAAGUCAGUGUGCCAUUUUUCAUGUAUUAUGUUGACUUUAUUAGGAAGAAGCACAAACCAGUGAAAUGCCUGUAGAGCCUGCAGGGACAUAUGUCAUGUAGGUAUUGGCAGUAGUCACACUGUUGUAGGUAGUGGCAGUAGUCACACUGUUGUCUCCUUCACCUCCACUGAUGAGUUGAUGUAAGAUGUAAGAGAGGUGCCACGUAGGCAGUGGCAGUAGUCACACUGUUGUCUCCUUCACCUCCACUGAUGAGUUGAUGUAAGAUGUAGAGAGGUGCUACGUAGGUAGUGGCAAUAGUCACACUGUUGUAGGUGGUGGCAGUAGUCACACUGUUGUCUCCUUCACCUCCACUGAUGAGUUGAUGUAAGAUGUAGAGAGGUGCCAUGUAGGUAGUGGCAGUAGUCACACUUGUAGGUAGUGGCAGUAUUAACACUGUUGUCUCCUUCACCUUCACUGAUGAGUUGAUGUAAGAUGUAGAGAGGUGCCAUGUAGGUAGUGGCAGUAGUCACACUGUUGUAGGUAGUGGCAGUAGUAAUACUGUUGUCUCCUUCACCUUCACUGAUGAGUUGAUGUAAGAUGUAGAGAGGUGCCACGUAGGUAGUGGCAGUAGUCACACUUGUAGGUAGUGGCAGUAUUAACACUGUUGUCUCCUUCACCUUCACUGAUGAGUUGAUGUAAGAUGUAGAGAGGUGCCAUGUAGGUAGUAGCAGUAGUCACACUGUUGUCUCCUUCACCUCCACUGAUGACUCGAUGUGAGAUGUAAAUAGGUGUCAUGUAGGUAGUGGCAGUAGUCACAUUGUUGUCUCCUUCUUCACUGCCACUGAUGACUUGAUGUGAGAUAUAGAGAGAUAUUUGCCUCAGCAACAUCUACAACUCUGAGUAUUUAAGAAAUUGUUCAUGAUGCAAUAAAAAGUCAGUCUUAGCACUACUGCAAAAUGAUAAUAAAGUCUAAGCUGUAACCAACACAAGUUGUUGAUUUAAGAUUUUAAAUAGCCCAUGCUGUCAAUAUCUUGCAUUCAACAGAAUAUGUGUGUAAAAUGACAAGUCAAUGUGUAUAAGUUAGUACUUUUUAUGAGGUUAUUAUCAUGCAUUACUUCUAAAAAGAAAAACAAAGCAUCCACAACAGUAGAACCAUUCAAUAAAAUACUUUUUUUCUGAAUAAAGUGAGGCUCAGUACAAACAUAACUAAUUAUACUAUGUUUAUCAUAUUGUAUAUGCAUAUUUAAUUUUCAAGUUAUAAAACAUAACUUUGCAUUUACUUGGAAAUUUGACAGCAGCUAACAUGAUGGUAUAAGGACAAAAUAACUCUCUGCCCUUGGCAGUCUUCACUCCAUCUGCUAAGUAAUAACCUCACAUCCGUUAUUCUUUAAGUAAACAAAGGCAUUGCUGCUGGCUAGAAAGUCAUAGAUAAUUUUUCAUGUCAUUAAAUAAGGAAUCCAUUCAUAGUUCCCAACUUUCCACUAAUGUUGUUAGUUAAAUCCAAAUGUCUGUGUAAAGGAUGAGUUACCUGUAUUAUGAACGUUUUACUGCAUGAUUCUGUUUGUCAUGAGGACAAUCUGUGCCAGUAGAUAAAUUGUUUUUCCAUGGCGACAUGAUGGCUGUGGUAUGUUUUUUUAUUGUGUUAUGAUGGCUGUGGUAUGUUUUUCAUGGUGGCAUGAUGGCUGUGAUAUGUUUUUUCAUGGUGGCAUGAUGGCUGUGGUAUGUUUUUUCAUGGUGGCAUGAUAGCUGUGGUAUGUUUGUUAUGGUGGCAUGAUGGCUGUGGUAUGUUUUUUAUGGGGGCAUGAUGGCUGUGGUAUGUUUUUUAUGGUGGCACGAUGGCUGUUGUAUUUGUUGAAAACUUCAGAACUACAAAUUUGGGUUCAGAUAUAAAAAUACCUAAUUGCAAAACCAUGUAUACCUACUAGUCUUUACCUUACUGCUGAAAAAAUGUCCAGUAACUACUUAAUAGUGUGUCUUUUAAUAUUGAGAUACUUCCAAAAUGGUGCGGUCACAAAUCAUUAUGAAAUGAAGACCUUUUUGAACCUGAAUUAAAUGCAUGAAAAAUUUGCCUCAGUUUCUGAACCAGAACUAGUUUAUUGAACUGUUCACUGUUCCCUGACUAUUGGGGUAUAUUGCCUUAAAACUCCUAUGCUGUCUUCAGUAAUUUAUAAUAGUGAAACAUUUCUUUUUUGAAAUGAACUUUCUAACUUAUUUUGCAUUGCAAUGAGUAAUGAGGUUUAAUGGGAAUUAUUUGUUCCAGAUGUAUAAAAAUCUAUGUAUAUAAUAAAUCAAGGGUUGCAAUGGCUCAUUUCACUGUGUGAAAUAAAUGGGUUUUAUAUCUUUUUAUCUAUUUUUUCAGAACACUGGCAGUGGAUGCUUGUUUGAUAUACAACUUUUAAUAAAGUUGGGAGCCUAACGAAAACACUGCAGGUAAAAACUAAUUGAUAUGACACUGACAAGAUAACAUGACAUGGAAGUUGUAAGUGUAAUAAAAAAUGCUGUAACUUCCAGAUUUGUGUUGCCUGUUUGUCCUCUUGUAUGCUAUGGACUGAAUUCUAAAAAAAAAAAAAAAAAAAAAAAAAAAAACCAAAAACAAUCAGUAUCUACAAUGCUCCCAGUACAAUACUUUUACAGAUUUUCUUCUGAAAAGAGGUCAGUAAAAAAAAGGACUGUGUAGGCUUGUAUUUAAGUCACAAAUGAUUUCAGUUGCUUGUAUAAUGAUAGUUAAAUAGCACAUAGCUGUGAAUGUGUUUUUCAUACUGGUUCUGUAUUUUAGUUUAAUUACUAUGUUUUUAAAUAAAGUACUAUUUUAAUUCUGACAUGCUGUCAGAGCUACACACAA